GCGCGUUUUGACGAGCCCAUAAAGGAUGGACUGUCCUCCCAGUGUCACACUGACGGAGAGACGAGACGAAGACAGCCAGGGCCGAGAGACAGAGAGGGAGAGAGGAGCCAGAGGAACAAGGGGAGACGACCCACUGAGGAUUGCGAUACCUGAACAGUGACCUCAUAUCUACCGGACUGCCACAGCUGAGUGGAGGCUGGAGCUGACGAGCAGCCUCUCUUGAGUGCGUGGGAGCGGAGCCACUCGGGACACACACAAAUGAGCGACGCGCACGGACACGACUCAGGUGCAGAGAAAGCAAACUGGCGGCGCACUUAGGAUGCAGAAGUCACCCGUGGAAGAUGCAAACUUCCUCUCCAAGUUUUUCUUCUGGUGGACGACACCGCUGCUGAGGAAGGGCUUCAGCAAGAAAUUGGAGCUGACUGAUGUGUACAAGGCUCCUUCGUUUGAUCUGGCAGACAACCUCUCCGAGAGACUCGAAAGGUUUACAUUGAAAUUAUCCAGCCGUGUCUUGGACAAGAUCAGCACCGGUCAACUGGUCAGUCUAAUGUCCGCCCACCUCAACAAGCUGGAUGAGAGCCUGGGUCUGGCCCAUUUUGUUUGGAUCACCCCUCUGCAGUGUAUCCUGUGUGUGGGUCUGAUAUGGGAACUGAUCGAGGUGAACGGCUUCUGCGCCCUGGCAGCUCUGACCCUGCUGGGUAUCAUCCAGGCCUGGCUCUCACAGAAGAUGGGACCUCAUCGGGUGAAACGAGCAGGGAUGAUCAGCCGCCGCCUGGCCCUCACCUCUGAGAUUGUGGAGAACAUCCACUCUGUGAAGGCAUAUGGCUGGGAGGAGGUGAUGGAGACCAUCAUCAAGAACAUAAGGCAGGACGAGAUGACUCUGACGAGGAAGAUCGGUUCUCUGCGUUACUUCUACAGUGCUUCAUACUUCUUCUCUGCCAUCUUGGUUAUCGUGUCAGCCAUUGUGCCUCAUGCACUCAGCAAAGGCAUCAUCCUACGUCGAAUCUUCACCACAGCCUCCUACUGCAUGGUCCUGCGUAUGACACUGACCCGCCAGUUGCCGGGAUCCAUCCAGAUGUGGUACGAUACACUGGCACUGGUCAAGAAGAUUGAGGACUUCUUGAUGAAGGAAGAGUACAGAGUGCUGGAGUACAACCUCACCACGAGUGAAUUAGAACUGGUCAAUGUGUCUGCAUCGUGGGAUGAGGGCAUAGGUGAGCUGUUUGAGAAGAUUAAGCAGGAGAGCAAAGCAAAUGGACACCCGAACGGUGACGCUGGCCUCUUCUUCACCAACCUCUAUGUCACACCUGUCCUUAAAAACAUUAGCCUGUACCUGGAAAAGGGCAAGAUGCUGGCAGUCGCUGGAUCCACUGGCUCAGGAAAGAGUUCACUGCUCAUGAUGAUCCUUGGAGAGUUGGUUCCAUCAGAGGGUAAAAUCAGACACAGUGGCCGCAUCUCCUUCUCACCACAGACUUCCUGGAUCAUGCCAGGGACGAUCCGUGACAACAUCCUGUUUGGCCUGACCUACGAUGAGUACCGCUACACCUCCAUCAUCAAGGCCUGCCAGCUAGAAGAGGACUUUGCCUUGCUGCCUGAGAAAGACAAGACGCUCCUUGUUGAAGGCGGGGUAACCCUCAGUGGUGGUCAAAGGGCUCGCCUCGGCCUGGCCAGAGCUGUGUACAAAGAUGCCGACCUCUACCUGCUAGAUGCACCUUUCACCCACCUGGACAUCGUGACAGAGAAAGAGAUCUUUGAGAAAUGUGUCUGUAAACUUAUGGCCUCCAAAAGUCGUAUUGUGGUCACCAGCAAGUUGGAGCAUCUCAAACGGGCAGACAAAAUUCUUCUGCUGCACAAUGGAGACUGCUACUUCUACGGCACCUUCUCAGAGCUGCAGGCCCAGCGCCCCGACUUCAGCUCCCUGCUCCUUGGCCUUGAAGCUUACGAUAACAUCAACGCAGAGCGACGCAGCUCCAUUCUCACAGAAACUCUCCGCAGGGUCUCUGUAGAUGAAACUGCCGGCUUCCGAGGACCAGAGCCAAUUCGGCAGUCAUUCCGCCAGCCACCAACUCCAAUAAUUGUUUCUGGACCUCAAGGCCACCCUGCGGGCGAUGGAUACCCAGAAAAACGCAAACAGUCCCUCAUCCUUAGCCCCCUGGCAGCUGCCCGCAAGUUUUCCUUCAUUGGGAACUCGCAACAGACCUCAAAUGCACCACAGUCCACAACAAUAGAGGAUGGGGUUUGUGAACUUUCAGAGAGAAAAUUCUCUGUGGUACCUGAGGAUGAUCAGGUAGAGGAGGUGCUCCCCAGGGGGAACCUGUACCACCAUGGGUUGCAGCAUUUCAACGGGCAGAGGCGCCAGUCUGUCCUGGCAUUCAUCACCAACACACAGGGUCAAGAGCGGAGAGAGCAGAUGCAGUCGUCCUUCAGAAGAAAACUGUCUAUUACACCGCAGUGUGAUCUGGCGUCCGAACUGGACAUUUAUGCCCGCCGCUUAUCCAAGGACAGUGUUUAUGACAUUAGUGAAGAAGUGGAUGAAGAAGACAUGGAGCAAUGCUUUGCAGAUGACCGUGAGAACGUCUUUGAAACUACCUCAUGGAGCACAUACCUGCGCUACAUCACCGCCAAUAGGAGCUUAGUCUACGUCCUCAUUUUCAUCGUCUUUGUCUUCGUCGUUGAGGUUGCUGGUUCAGUCAUUGGCAUUUUCCUCAUUACUGACAAGAUCUGGAGGGAUGGUGCCAACCCUUCAUCACCCAACUACAUCACUGAGCAGCACCAAAACGCUUCUUCGCCCCCCGUCCACCUGGCAGUAAUAGUCACACCGACCAGUGCUUAUUACAUCAUCUAUAUCUACGUGGCCACAUCGGAGAGUGUGCUUGCCUUGGGCUUCUUCAGGGGUCUCCCGUUAGUGCACACAUUACUCACUGUGUCCAAAAGACUGCACGAGCAGAUGUUCAGCGCUGUGCUGCGAGCCCCCAUGGCUGUGCUCAACACUAUGAAGACAGGUCGCAUCAUGAACAGAUUCACUAAGGACAUGGCCACUAUAGACGACAUGCUGCCUCUGGUCCUCUUUGACCUCAUACAGCUGACAUUGAUUGUUACGGGUGCCAUCUUCACUGUCUCCAUCAUGCGGCCGUACAUCUUCAUCGCUGCUAUUCCUUUGGCUUUCAUUUUUGUUAUCCUCAGGAAGUACUUUCUACGAACUGGACAGCAACUCAAACUACUGGAAGCUGAAGCUCGAAGCCCCAUCUUCUCCCACCUCAUCAUCUCGCUGAAGGGUUUAUGGACAAUUCGGGCAUUUGGGCGUCAGACCUACUUCGAAAUGCUCUUCCACAAGGCGCUGAACACCCACACGGCCACCUGGUUCCACUACCUGUCAACGCUGCGAUGGUUCCUUUUCCGCUGCGACAUGAUCUUCGUCCUGUUCUUCAGCGCGGCGGCCUUCAUCGCUGUGGGAACCAACCAAGACAAACCCGGGGAGAUUGGCAUCAUUGUGGCCCUUGCGAUGCUCAUCCUGGGGACUUUCCAAUGGGCUGUCAUCACCAGCAUCACUGUAGAUGGACUGAUGCGUUCAGUGGAUCGGGUCUUCAAAUUCAUCGACCUGCCAUCAGAGGAGCCAAUGCCCGGAAAGCCCUGCGGUAAAGGAGGCCCAGAUCUCGUCAUCGACAACCCUCACGCUCAUGACUGCUGGCCCAACCGUGGCCAGAUGGAUGUCCAGGGCCUCACCGCCAAAUACACAGAGGCUGGACGUGCCAUUCUCAGUGACAUCUCUUUCUCCGUGGAUGGGGGGCAGAGCGUGGGUCUGCUGGGUCGAACAGGUUCUGGGAAGAGCACCCUGCUGUCCGCCCUGCUGCGUCUCGCCUCCACUGAUGGAGAAAUCUCUAUUGACGGUGUCUCCUGGAGCUCCGUCUCCCUGCACACCUGGAGGAAGGCCUUCGGAGUGGUGCCCCAGAAAGUCUUUAUUCUGACUGGAACCUUCCGGAUGAACCUGGACCCUCACGAACGUUACAGCGAUGAGGAGCUGUGGAGGGUGGCUGAGGAGGUGGGUCUAAAGACAGUGAUCGAGCAGUUUCCAGACAAGCUGGACUUUCAGCUGGAGGACGGAGGCAAUGUGUUGAGCAAUGGACACAAACAGCUGAUGUGUCUCGCACGCUCCAUCCUUAGCAAGGCCCGCAUCCUGCUGCUGGACGAGCCCUCCGCCUACCUCGACCCCAUAACAUUGCAGGUCCUGAGGAAGACGCUGAAGCAGGCGUUCUCAGGCUGCACCGUCAUCCUAUCAGAGCACAGAGUCGAGCCGCUGCUCGAAUGUCAAUCAUUCCUGAUGAUCGAGGGCAGCUCCAUGAAAACCUACGACUCCAUCCAGAAACUCCUGAACGAGACGAGCCACCUGAAACAGGCCAUGAGCCCUGCCGAUCGGCUACGCCUCUUCCCAACGCUGCACCGCCUCAACUCCAGCAAGAGGGCCGCGCCGCAGACCGCCAAGAUCUCCUCCCUACCGGAGGAAGCUGAGGACGAAGUCCAGGACACGCGCCUCUAACAGGCCAGACACACAAAUACACACAAGUGCCUGAACAUUAAUCACUUUGAUCCAGUGUUUUGAUGCAGUUGAGUUGAAUCAACAAAUGGUUAAUAUUUCUGAGCCUUUGUUUCCCAAGUGCUGGAAAACAGCAUUUUACUCAUGAUGGGAAAAGAACCCAGAUAAUAGCUCAAUUUAUUUAGAGUGAAAUGAAAAAUGUGAUGUGUAGAAAAAUUGAUGAAAGUCCAAAUCCAUGGUCGAUCAAACUGACCGUGGAUAAAAUGAACCAAUUUAUACAGAUUAACUUAAAUACUACUGUCGCAGAAUGAGGAUAAUUUAUUGACUUAAUUUUACAUUGAUACAAGUGAUAGAAGAGAUUAGUCUGAAUGUUUGUAUGGGAACAACUGUGUGUAUAAAUCUGAAAUGCUCUAUGAAUAUGAAUCAGGUCUAUUACAGAUUAUAGAAAUACAACUUCAUAUUUAUUGACAGAUCCUUCUAUGAGUUAUGUGUUGACUGUUGACCAACACGAUACGACAUGGCAGAAUAAAAACAAAGUGGUAUGACAGCUGCUAUAGAAGCUGUCGGUGUAAGUCUGCCACCAAAUGAGAAACAUAAACCAGCUUGUGUAUGUGCUGCAGGGAGAGGAUUUCAAUCACCAACACAUGGAUGCAGAUAAAAUCCUCCACGUAAAAGAGGGCAGGGGCAAAACUAAAUGACUAACAAAUUGUAGGAUAAGCACAUAACACAACACAAAUGUGUGGCCUCAGUCUGACUAGUUGGACACUUUGUUGUUGAACUAGCUCGAGGGACUUUCAGUCAAACAGGUGCCUUUAUGUGGAGGACAGUAUGUAGGAGUCCCCCCCACACUAAUAUUACUCUCUUAUGUUCUGUCUGGGGCCAAAACAUGAUCUGCUUUGAAAAAGCAUCGACUGCAUCACAGGUUUUCUUUUGCGUUAUUGUUUAAAAAACAUUUUCUUUGGUUUGAACUUUGUAAGAAACCUGUUUUUUUCGUUCUCUCGAAACUGUCCUGACACAAGCGAAGCCUCGGUAGAAGUCUGGCGUCUUGAGUGAGGGUGUGAUCAGAUCGGAGCUUCUCUCGAAAGAACAAUUACAUCAGAAACCUUUAACAGCUCUGAAAUGGGCUCAAUGACCAAUCAUAUGCACCGAAUCCAACCAGCUUCAUGUAGCUAACAGGAAACUAUGCAGAUACAAUUGCACAUCAA